AUGUCUUUCAUCAUUUUUGUUUUGUUCUUUCAUGGAUAAAAGAAUAGCUAUGGCCAUUAUUAAACUCUUCUUUCAUCGUCUGUUCACAAAUCAUACAUUUGACGCAGGAGGAGAGGAUACGCGAGGCCAUUGAAGAUGCUGGAUUUGAAGCCAAAGUUAUUGAAGAAGACUCCAACUACACCUCAACUCAAAUAUGCCGCAUACACAUACGAGGCAUGACUUGUACCUCUUGCUCCUCCACUAUCGAAUCAGCUCUACAAUCCCUUCGUGGGGUGCACAAGGCACGAGUGGCCUUAACAACAGAAGAAGCAGAAGUCCACUAUGACCCCAAAAUCCUCACCCACAACUACCUAAUGGAAGCUAUACAAGGCACCGGGUUCGAAGCCAUACUAAUAAGCACAGGGGAACACAUGAGCAAGAUUGAACUUAAAAUUGAUGGCAUUAAAAACGACCAAUCCCUUGGUGCCAUUGAGCGCUCUCUCCGUUCAAUCCCUGGUGUUGAAACCAUAGACAUAUAUCCGGACAUUAACAAAAUUGCCAUAACUUACAUACCACACAUGACAGGACCAAGAACCUUCAUAGAAGUCAUAGAAUCCACUGGAUCAGGGUGUUUUAAAGCGGUGAUAUUUCCAAACGAUGAAGGAAGAGAAGCACUUAGACAACAGGAAAUUAACCGAUACUUCAAGCUUUUCAUAUGGAGUCUAGCUUUUACGAUUCCUGUUUUCUUGACAUCCAUGGUCCUCAUGUAUAUACCUGGAGUUAAACGUGUUUUGGAUGUCAAAAUUGUUAAUAUGUUGAAUAUUGGACUUCUCUUGAGGUGUGACUUUGCUACCCCGGUGCAGUUUAUCAUAGGUAGACGGUUCUAUGUUGGGGCAUAUAAAGCGUUGCGCAAGGGUUCUGCUAACAUGGAUGUGUUGAUAGCAUUAGGGACAAAUGCAGCAUAUUUCUAUUCUCUCUAUGUUGUGGAAAGAUCUGUUUUCUCUCGGCAUUUCAAAGGAAACGAUUUCUUUGAGACCAGCUCUAUGCUUAUUUCUUUUAUUCUGUUGGGUAAGUAUUUAGAAGUGUUAGCAAAGGGGAAGACAUCUCAGGCGAUUGCAAAGCUUAUGAACUUGACACCUGAGACAGCGAUCUUGUUAACUCAAGAUGAUAAGGGGGAUGUUGUUAGUGAAAAACAAAUUGAUAUUCGGUUGAUACAAAAGGACGAUGUGAUCAAGGUGGUCCCUGGUUCAAAAGUAGCAUCUGAUGGCUUUGUCAUAUGGGGACAAAGUCAUGUAAAUGAGAGCAUGAUAACCGGAGAGGGAAGGCCUGUGGCAAAGAGGAGGGGUGAUAUGGUGAUUGGAGGCACUAUGAAUGAGAAUGGGGUUAUGCAUGUUAAGGUGACAAGAGUUGGAUCCGAGAGUGCUCUCUCCCAGAUCGUUCGUCUUGUUGAGUCAGCUCAGAUGGCUAAAGCUCCAGUUCAAAAACUUGCAGAUCAUAUUUCUAAAUAUUUUGUUCCUCUGGUCAUUGUGCUUUCUCUUUCAACAUGGCUCUCCUGGUUUCUAGCAGGAAAGUUACAUGCAUACCCAAAAUCUUGGAUACCAUCCUCCAUGAACUACUUUGAGCUUGCACUUCAGUUUGGUAUUUCGGUCAUGGUCAUUGCCUGCCCUUGUGCUCUAGGCCUAGCCACUCCUACUGCUGUUAUGGUUGGUACUGGAGUUGGUGCAACGCAAGGUGUUUUGAUCAAAGGGGGCCAAGCACUAGAAAGUGCACACAAGGUGAAUUGCAUUGUGUUUGACAAGACAGGAACACUCACAGUUGGGAAGCCAAUGGUUGUAACUACAAAACUCUUCAAAAAGAUGUCAAUUAAAGAUUUCUAUGAAUUUACUGCUGCAGCAGAGGUGAACAGCGAACAUCCAAUCGCUAAGGCCAUUGUUGAGCACGCCAAGAAGAUCACAGAAGAACAAAAUCAUUCCUGGCCAGAAGCACACAACUUUGUUUCUGUUUCAGGCCAUGGAGUAAAGGCCAUUGUUCUAAACAAGGAUAUAUUGGUUGGGAAUAAAAAGAUGAUGCUGGAUCAUAACAUAUCCAUUUCAGCAGAUGCUGAAGAAAUACUAGCAGAAGCUGAAAGCCUGGCUCAAACUGGGAUUUUAGUAUCCUUGGAUGGAGAAGUCGCUGGAGUUUUGGCUGUCUCAGAUCCAUUGAAACCUGGCGCCAAUGAAGUUAUUUCCAUUCUUAAUUCCAUGAAAAUUAAGAGCAUCAUGGUGACAGGUGAUAACUGGGGUACUGCCAAUUCCAUUGCCAGACAAGCCGGUAUUGAAACUAUCAUAGCAGAGGCUCAACCAGAGACUAAAGCAACUAAAAUAAAAGAACUGCAGGCUUCUGGGUAUACGGUGGCAAUGGUGGGAGAUGGCAUCAACGACUCACCAGCACUUGUGGCAGCUGAUGUUGGAAUGGCAAUAGGUGCUGGCACAGACAUUGCAAUUGAGGCAGCUGACAUCGUUCUGAUGAAGAGCAACUUGGAAGAUAUAAUCAUUGCCAUUGACCUUGCAAACAAAACCUUCUCUCGUAUACGUCUAAACUACUUUUGGGCUUUGGGUUACAAUAUCUUAGCCAUCCCAAUUGCAGCGGGCAUUCUUUACUCAUCCACUAGAUUUCGCUUACCACCAUGGAUUGCUGGAGCUGCAAUGGCUGCCUCUUCUCUCAGUGUGGUUUGCUCAUCCCUCUUGUUAAAGAAUUACAAGAGACCUUCGAAGCUAAAUAACAUGGAGAUAAAUGGUGUAAAGAUUGAAUAAUUAUUCGAUGUGCCAAUUGCAAAUGUCUCGUUUGUUUGUUGGGGCUGUAAAUAAAACACCUAAUUUUAAUCAAACUACAUCUGCACAAAUAUAUAGAAACUAACACUACAUUUUGAAUGUUAAAAAUACUUCAUUGGUAUUUAUUACUGUUCACUUUUACUUAUUAUUUCGUGUACUAACGGAUAGGCGAGCGAGUGACCACCUCGUUCCUUUCGAAAAAUUUGGAGAGAAAAGUGGAUAUGGAGGAUGGUUAUCCUGGCGAGAGAAUUUGAGGGUGGUGUGUUCCCGGAGUUGUGCGGAGGGAGAGGUCGUCACGGGUCCUUGGUGGUGUUGUAAAUAAACCAAAACUAUGUCGUUUUAGAUAUAUACUUUUCUGUACUC